AUGUCGCAAGUAACAACUACGAAUUGGCCCGCAUCCAAAGUACGCUCAACUUUUAUCUCAUACUUUGAGUCGAAGAGCCAUAAACACAUACCUUCUUCGUCGACUAUACCCUUUGAAGACCCUACGUUAUUAUUCGCAAAUGCGGGCAUGAAUCAGUUCAAAUCUAUAUUUUUAGGAACGGUGGACCCAAACUCUGAAUUUGGUAAAUUAAGACGUGCUGCCAACAGUCAAAAAUGUAUACGUGCUGGUGGUAAGCAUAAUGACUUGGAUGAUGUCGGUAAAGACGUUUAUCACCAUACAUUCUUUGAGAUGUUAGGAAAUUGGUCGUUUGGUGAUUAUUUUAAGAAAGAAGCAAUAGAAAUGGCUUGGGAAAUUCUCACGAAAGUGUAUGGAUUACCCAAAGAUCGUUUAUAUGUGACAUAUUUCGAGGGAGAUGCAAAGUUGGGCUUGGAGGCUGAUUUAGAGGCUAAACAACUUUGGAUAGAUGUUGGAGUACAAGAAAAUCGUUUAAUUCCUGGCAAUACAAAAGACAAUUUUUGGGAAAUGGGCGAGACUGGUCCAUGUGGUCCAUGUUCUGAAAUUCAUUUCGAUCGUAUUGGCAAUCGUGAUGCAUCAUCUCUUGUGAAUCAAGAUGAUCCAAAUGUAGUAGAAAUAUGGAAUCUCGUCUUUAUGCAAUUCAAUCGUGAAUCAGACUCUUCUUUACGUCCACUGCCCAACAAGCAUAUUGAUACUGGAAUGGGAUUGGAACGUCUUGUCUCUGCUUUACAAGACAAACUUUCAAAUUAUGAUACAGACAUUUUCCAGCCGAUUUUUCUAAAGAUUCAACAAUUAACAGGGGCGCGCCCAUAUAGUGGCAAAGUGGGUGUUGAUGAUGUUGAUGGGUUGGAUAUGGCUUAUCGAGUUAUUGCGGACCAUGUGAGAACCUUGACUUUUGCUAUUUCCGAUGGGGGUGUGCCUAGUAACGAAGGACGUGGCUAUGUCCUUAGGCGGAUAUUAAGACGUGGUGCACGAUAUGCACGCAAGAAAUUUGAUGUUAAAAUUGGAAGUUUUUUCUCAAGUUUGAUAGAUACGGUGGUGACCGAAAUGGGAGAUGCUUUUCCAGAGAUUAAACGAAAGGUCUCUGAUGUGAAAGAAAUCUUGGAUGAAGAAGAAGAAAGUUUCUCACGUACACUUGAUCGAGGCGAAAAACUUUUUGAUGGUUAUCUUCAAAAAGCCAAACAAUCCAAUGCAAAAUUAUUACCUGGUGCUGAUGUUUGGCGUCUGUAUGAUACAUAUGGUUUUCCGGUUGAUCUUACUCGUCUAAUGGCCGAGGAAAAUGGGCUUGGUGUUGAUGAACAAGAAUUUUUGAAAGAACAAGAAAAAGCUAAAGUCAUAAGUCGAAAGGCUCGUAACGUUGGUGUUGAUGAUCAAAACGUCGUUGCAUUGGAUGUGCAUGAUAUUGCCAAAAUUGAAAAAUUAAAGACAAUACCAAUCACGGAUGAUAAUUUCAAAUACCAAACUGGAAAUAUAAACGCCAUUAUUAAAGUAAUAUUUUACAAUCAUGAGAUAUCAAAUUCCACUGAGAAUAUACCGGCGGAAAAAAAUUUUGGCAUCAUUCUUGAUCGUACAAAUUUCUAUGCAGAAGCAGGCGGCCAACAAUAUGAUACGGGUGCACUGACAAUUGACGGUCAAGCUGAAUUUGUAGUAGAAAACGUUCAAGUGUUUGGCGGCUAUGUUUUACAUAUUGGUUAUUUAAAGUAUGGCAAUUUGUCGGUCGGAAAUGAAAUAGUUGCAUCAUAUAACGAAUUUCGACGAUGGCCUCUUCGAAAUAACCAUACUGCGACUCAUAUUCUUAAUUAUGCUCUUCGAAAUAUUUUAGGUGAUCAAGUUGAUCAGAAAGGUUCUUUGGUGGCUCCCGAAAAACUAAGAUUCGAUUUUUCGUUAAAGAAACCUGUCGCCAUUGAUGAACUUGCGAAAGUUGAAAUCAUUUCAAAUGAUUUUAUUCAGAAAAAUCAUAAAGUUUAUUCAAAGGAAGUACCAUUACAUGUGGCCAAAGCAAUACAUGGGCUUCGUGCUGUUUUUGGAGAAGUUUACCCUGAUCCUGUCAGAGUUGUUUCAGUUGGAUUUGAUGUGGAAGAAAUAGUGAAGGAUGUGUCUAAUCCUAAAUGGGGCGCAACGUCUAUAGAAUUUUGUGGUGGCACUCAUGUUGCCAAAACGGGCGAUAUAAAGACAUUUGUUAUUCUAGAAGAAUCUGGAAUCGCUAAAGGAAUUCGUCGAAUAGUUGCAGUGACAGGCGAAGAAGCCCAACAGGCGCAUCGACAAGCACAAGAAUUCGAGCUAAAAUUUCAGCACCUCCAAAGAUUAGAAGGUCUAGAACUAGAUGAUGCCAUUAAAGAAGUCAGUAAAGAGCUCGACGCAUCGAGUAUAUCCGCCGUACGAAAAGCGGAAUUUCGUGACACAUUGAAUGUGCUUAGGAAAAAAUUUGCUGAUGCGGAUAAAGCAUUAAAAGCCGCUCAAACCAAAGAAGUGGUUGACUCUAUUAAUACAUACUUCUCAGAGAAUCCCAACGUUAAUUUUAUAAUUAAGCAAUUAAACAUAGGAUCAAAUGCAAAAGCCAUCGCUGCUGCGAUAACACAAGCUAAGCAAAAUCAUCCUGACAAAGCCGCGUAUCUAUUUGCUAUCGAUGACAUAUCUAAUCGUGUAUCACAUAGUUGUGUGGUUGGCAAACCUCUUAUUGCACGUGGAUUAAAAGCUGGUGAUUGGGCAAAAGCGGUAUCAGAAAAAAUUGGGGGAAAGUCGGGAGGAAAAGAUGAAUCCGCACAAGGUAGCGGAAUAAAUGUUGAAAAAAUUGACGAGGCUUUGAAAGUUGCUGAACAAUUUGCUCAAUUAAAAUUAGAAUGCUAA